AUGGCCGGUGUCGCACAUGCUUGGUGGGUGGCCGAGCAACUUCUGCGCAUCCCGGAAGAAGGACUCUUGCCCACGUGUUUUUAGGGUCAGCUGGUGCACCGGGAUCGGAGGAGUCCAGAGAGAAAAAGAGUCGUGUGCGCCCAGAAGCAAGCAAAAAAAAAAUGGCAAAAAGCAUAAGGAGCAAGUGGAAAAGGAAGAUGCGAGCAGAGAAGAGAAAGAAAAAUGCCCCCAAGGAACUGGCCAGAUUGCAGAGCAUCCUGAAAACAAACAGUGAUGUUGUGAUGGAUGAGGUGAAAGAGAUUGCAACAGUGGUUCCUGCUGAGAAGGUCACAGAGAAAAAGGAUCCAGGAAAUGGAAGUAAAAUGGAUGUGGACACCAAAAGAAAUCAAAAGACUCUUCUUGAUCAACAUGGACAGUAUCCAGUAUGGAUGAAUCCUAGACAGAGGAAGAAGUUUAAGGCAAAGCGUGUUAAAGGAAAAAAUAAGCACAAAACGCCAAAGGGAUUAGCAUGGUAGUGUUUGGAUGAAUUUUAAGAAAGAGAAAAGAGACUCAAUUAAAAAAAAAUCAAAUAUUAAACUGAUUUACAUCUCACCCAGGGGAGAAUUUUCUGUUUUCUUGAUUCCUUGGUAUUUAGUUGUUUAAUAAAUUUAAUAUUCAUUGUACAUGUUAUACAAGUUGGAACACUGUCAAACUAAACAGAAAGUUAAGUUCA